AGAAUAGUUGUUGUUUUUUGAGACUCUUAAUUGUUGUUGAUUUUUGUACGCUUGAAUAGGGAGAAUUCAACCUUGAAUUACAAUUACAAUGAGUAAAACACUCGUCGAGUCGCUGGUGAUGGUGGUGGAGAACAAACUCCACAGAUGAAAUCAGAAGCGUCUUGACAAAGAAAAGGGCUUAGAACCUACCUUGAGGAGACUUUGCAGGCUUGCAUCGCUCCCAUAGAUUCUCAUGCACCUUUCUUACCUACAACCAUAUUCCACCUUUUGCAAGCUCUUCCAUGGAAGCACCCGUGCAUAGCCGCUGAGUCGUCGGUGUCUACAUAAGCUCUUCAUCCAGGAAGAAGAGCGAUGGAGCAGGCAAGAUAUUGGAUGCGGAUGACGAGCGGGCCUCGCCUCAGCACUCAGAUCCCCGGGCUCAUCGUUGGAUCCGCCUGCAACGAGUCAUGGGAGGAGAAGGCCUUCGCUGAAGACACCGCAGGCCACUUAGGAGGCUGCGUAUGGCCGCCGAGAUCUUAUUCGUGUAGCUUCUGCAGACGAGAAUUCCGAUCGGCCCAAGCUCUCGGCGGGCACAUGAACGUGCACCGAAGGGAUCGAGCCAAGCUCAGGGAAUCUGCGAGCCUCAGCGAGGAAGCCGCAGAAGAACAACGUCAACCGCAGGUUAGCCCCUUAGCACUCGGUGCUGCUGCUAACCCUAACCCUAGUUCUGGUGUUCUAGCAUCACCCGUGUCUCCUAGGGUUCCUGCUCCAGUCACCACCAGAAGGAUUUGGAUCGAGGACACCCUGUUCUCUCCUUCCCUUUCUUCAUCUACCAUUCGGGAGGACGUAAAGGAGUACUCGCUUCUUUCCACGACUACGCCUCUGGAUCUACUACUUGUGCCGGAACUAAAGCUUAGGGCAGAGGAUUUGGGGUCCAAGGAGUUUGGUCUCCGGAGAUGGAGAGACAUACAAGUCUGUGACGAGGAGGCCAACCGUAAGAAGAGAAGGAGAUGUGAUCAUCCAACGCCUGCUUUCUUCUUGAGAGCCUCUUCAGCAGAGCAGCAACAAGAUCGAUUUGAGGUUCUUAAUCCUAUCACAGUCGAAGACUUGGAUCUUGAACUUAGGCUUGGAGAUGCCCCUCUCAAAAUUAAGUAGGAAUUCAGAUCCUUUUGUUGUGUUCUUAAAUAUCUCAAAUCUGAAUCAUUUUUCUUGUGGAAAAUUGCCUGUUCCAUCAUCAAACCGAUGGUUUGAUGAUUGCUUGCAAUGGUCUUAACGAUUGUCUGCAAGAAGACACCACCAAAGCGCUCGAAAUGAUCCUUGAAUACCUGAUGAUAACAUCAUUUAUAAUACAUAAUCCUUUUAUUUUUUUC